AUGGUCCUUUUACUCUCACUCGUGACUUCCAAAACUCACCAUGCCCUAUCUCUCCGCGAACGCUUCGCCGCCAUCGUUUCCAACUUCACCACCUCUCUCUCCGCCGCUCCUUCCGACAGCCCUUGCCACCAUGGGGCGAGAAGAAGAAUGGUGAUCAACUCUUCAACAGCCACGUUGACCGACGGCGACGAGAAGAAAAAAUUCCCCCUGCUUUGUCAUCAUGAUCACGAUAAUGAAACAAACAAGAGUGACCAGUCCUCGAAAUUCUUUUGUGGUAUAUGUCUUGAUGACAAACCAGUGUCUGAUAUGUUCAAAGUGGGUAAAUGUGAGCACUCCUUUUGCACUCACUGCAUAUCCAAACACGUGGCCACUCAAAUGCACCAAAACAUUCUCGUGGUAAUGUGUCCAAACCCAAAGUGUUCGAUGGAAUUGAAGCCUGAAUAUUUGCAUGCCAUUCUGCCUAGGGAAGUUCUUGUUAGAUGGAAAUGUGCGAUGUUUGAGUCCUUGAUUGUUGAGUCGGAGAAGACUUAUUAUUACUGCCCCUUUAAGGAUUGUUCUGUUUUGUUGGUGAAAAAUGGAGGAGAAGUUGUGACUGGUGCUGAGUGCCCCUCUUGUCAUAGGCUGUUUUGUGCGCAGUGUAAGGUUCCUUGGCAUGAAAAGAUGAGUUGUAACGAAUUCCAAGAGUUACAAAGGAAGAUAAAAAAAUUGGAUGAAAUGUCCCCGGUGCACGAGCUGGAUGUGAACACAUUACUUGCAGGUUACAUUGAACAUUUUCAUGGCUUUUGA